AGUCAUUAUUAUUGCAACAUGACAGAUGUCUAUCCUAACUGCCUGGUACUUCUGGUGCGGACACUCGGCCUUAGAAAUCAGAAUAGAACUAGUUUACCUGUCUUCGAGAAGCAUCACACUCAUUGAUUACUAGUGGCAUGAAUACUGCAAACGCUAACAACCUGUUCAAUAGAUAGCACAGUGCUAGAGCGAUAUAAAUCAUAUAUGUUUUUAAGACGAGUUGCAAGAGGUAUGAACUACAGCUGUUAGAAGAUCCAGCAAGGGCAAAGACUGUACACAAUAGUUUUGGGAUGAUGGAAAAUAAUCGGAGUAUGUCUGUAUGUAAACAUCAAAUGGGAGAAAAACAGCACUGACCAGUUCAAGCUCACUAUUUUGCCUUCUGAAUUUUUGUUAUGUAUAUACUGGUUUAAGUUAUUUCAUAUUUCUUUCUUUGUAUAUAGCACAGACAGUUUUUGUUUACACUUGUUAGAGCAUAGGAGGACCUUUGUUGGGGAGACAGAUGCUGGAAGAAUGUCAGACAAGUGAAGAGAAACCGGGAGUAAAUAAGCUCAACGGACAGUUUGUUAGAUUACCCCUCUAGUCGGACCCCCCCCCCCCCCUUUGCCUCCAGAACAGCCUGAAUUAUUCGGGGCAUUCCACAAGGUGUCGGAAACGUUCCACAGGGAUGUUGGUCCAUGCUGAUGCUAUGGCAUCACGCAGUUGCUGCAGAUUGGAUGGCGGUACAUUCAUGCUGUGAACGGCCCGUUCCAUCUCGUCCCAAAGAUGCUCUAUUGUAGAGGUAGGCAACCCUGUUCCUGGAGUGCUGCAGGGUUUUUAUCCAACUAGGCACCACAUCUGAGCUAAUUGAUCAGUUCAGCAGUUGCCCAAAUUCAACAGACCUGGACUCCCAGGUCAGUUAACUCAAAAACAUGCCCAUCCGUGACAAUGAUUAACAGGUUGUGCGUUCCCAAGAUGCCGUUCUGCGCACCAGUGUUGUACAGCGUUGUUAUUUGUCUCUUUGUGGCCCGCCUGUUAGCUUGCACGAUUCUUGCCAUUCUCCUGUCUCGUCAACGAGCUGUUUUCGCCCACAGGACUGCCGCUGACUGACGAUCAUUCCACGCUCAGUCGCUUAGGUCACUCGUUUUGCCCAUUCUAGCUUUCAUUCGAACAGUAACUGAAUGUCUCGAUGCCUGUCUGCCUGCUUUUUUAUAGCAAGCCACGGCCACGUGACUCACUGUCUGUAGGAGCGAUUUAUUUUCGUGAACACGGUGGUGUACCUAAUAAACUGGCCGGUGAGUGUCGAACAGUGAAAAGACAAACGGGGGAAUAUAGACUAAAGAGGAGAUCAAACAGGGGGGAAUAUAACUUCUAGUCAAAUGUAUUACUUGGUCUCAUUUGACAUCAAGUGAACAUUUGACUUAUGCCGAAGGUAGGAUUUCCCCCGAAAUCUAUAGCCUGAUCUGUCCAGAUUUGUUUGCGCUCUAGCCAACUACGCUAUCGUUUGUUGCCUUGCCAGACAAUUCUGAACUUGAUAAAUAAGGCUGUUUACAUAGGCAGCCCGAUUCUGAUAUUUUUCCCACUAAUUGGUCUUUUGACCAAUCACAUCAGCUCUUUUCACAUCAGCUUUUUUUCAGAGCUGAUCUGAUUGGUCAAAAGAACAAUUAGUUAAAAAAAAAAAAAAAAACAUAUAGAGCUGCCUGUGAACACAGCUCAAUUGGCGGAAGCACAAACAGGUGGCGGAAGCACAAACCGAUUUGAGACCAGGUUCAUAUUCAUUGGGCACUAAACUGAAGAAAAUGGACUGAAACAUAAGACAACCUGGACUUUUCCAAUAAGAAAUGCUCGCUCUCUGUUGCUCUAAAAAGUUUUGCUACGAUGUGCGCUAAUGAAUAUGAGGCUAACUUAGUUCUGCUCAGUCCUGGGGGGGGAAAUACUGGAAAUGCUGACGUUGGACAAACAGUGCAUCUCAGUCAGUGUAGCCCUUAGGCAUGGCCCGGUACAAUCUCCAGACACACUAUAAAUGGAAUGCAUGGACACAGCCACCACAGCACAUUACUCCAAUCAAAUUAGAUUCCCACGUAGUUGUACUGCUCUCUGGUUAGUUUAGCGAGGUACCGUAUCUGUUUCUUUAAGAGGUUAGCGUCGGGCGAACCGUAUGUAACUAUCAAUGCUUCUAGUUCUUGUAACUUCUCUCUCUCUCCUUGGUCGGCGUUUACUGAAUACGCGAGCAUGAUCUGUCCAUCUCUUUUUAUAUAAAACAAGGAUUCCUUAUCAGUACUGUUGAUUGGAAUGAUUUCAGAUCGGUUCACAGAAAAUGGCUCUAGGAUGAUCUAACCAAUGACCGUCCUCUCACCAAACGUUGUCAUCGUUAGGUCUAUUUUUGUCUGUGAUUGGCUCCAACCUCAGGUGAAGAUGUGCAGGUUAUUGUUGUUGAACACUGAAUGGUUGAUUGAAAUGUUGGGUUUUACUUUUAUCAUGGGAGAUGGGAGGGAGGAACAGGAGGAGGGGGGGGGGAUUGAGAGUGCACUGUGUUGCCUCUUUAAUUGUUUUGUUUGUAAGACUGAUACCAAGAGACUUGGCCACAAUGUAUAUUACUGUACGUCUUUGAGAGUGGUGUUAACGAUUAGCAUCUUCUGAAUGUGUUGCUAGUGCUUUGUCAUGGGUGGAAUAGGGAUGGGGACGGGAUAUAUAUUUUUACUUGGUGGGGAGAAAUGACGGAACAAAGGCUAAAGUGUGUGACAAAUACAGACUAGCAGGGCUGAGGAGGAAAAGAAGACUGGCGACAGGAAAAAGAGAUGUGAAUCUCUGUUCGGCGACAAGUGAGAAUUGGUGACUGAAAAGAAAUGGCACGUUGGAGAGAAGUAUUGGGGGGAAAGUGCUUUGCGUCAUUGCAGCAAAUAAUGUACAGAAUUGCCCAUGUAUGACCUCUGUCACACGCACUCAAACUUACUCUCAACGCGUACAUGCGCAUUAUCUCACACAUAUACAUCCCCAUGCUGUCUAAAUAUGUAGAAGUUAGUGGACUGUAGUCUGUAGAUCUCUAAAGAGGCUGCAUUUAUACACCGAGGAAUGUUUAAAAGGAAAACACACAUACCUAAAUGCAGUAUAUUUCUCUUCCAAAUAUAUAUAUACAUACCACAUGUAGAAGUAAACACCCCUCACCGAGUCAGUGUGUUACUAUGGGAUCUGUAGAAUGUAGCUAUGGGGGGGGGGGGGGGGUUGUUAUGUGAUGCACUCUACUUCAGUAUAGCGGAUUUCAUUGUUAAGGGGCCCACAACCUUGUAUAUUUUAUUAAAGGUUCAAUAAAGAAAACCUCCACUUUUCAAACUGAUCCUGAUCUGUUUGUGUGAUGUCAUUUCUUUUGACACAAUGAAACGGCUUGGUUUGAAAUGCACAUCUCGCCUGCUGGAACAUAAGAGAUCAAGUUGUAGACCAUGUAAGCCAACAAACUAGUGUGACAUUUAUUGGAUAAAAGAUAAUGGUGGACCAGGCUUCUGGUAAGUAUCAAGUUGACGUGUGUGUGUGUGUGUGUGUUCACAUUCUGGGCUGAGGGUGUUACUCAGUGGCUUCCUGUCACUGUUAUAAGCCUACAGCCUCACAUGAGGAAAUCAAAUCCACCAGUGUGCUUCUGAAUAAAAGGUUGAGAGCAGAAGCCACUGUUCAGUUGUCACGGUGUCUUUUGAACGAGGCCUGGAGAUCGGGCUGCUAAGAUGGAGCCUUCUGAGCCCGGGAGGUGUAAACUAGACUGUAUGGACUCUGAAAUAUCAAGUAAGGGGGUUUCCCUCACCGAAAGUACCGUGCCGUGUCUCGGUAGCCAUGUUUGUCUGAUUUGAACUUAGUACAGAAAAUCUAGUAUGUCAAUAUGCUCUGUUAUUUUGUUCACUUCUUGACAAGCUCCGUGCCUGUGAAGUACAUUCAGUUGCUGUGUAUGUAGGAAAUGUGCGAUAUGAAUACAUGUUAUUUGUAGUGUACCUAUGCAUCCAUGACCCAUCAGUACUUCUGUUCCUGACGUCUUUUAAUUCUCUCCUAUAAGUGCACAGCCUUCUUUCUGUCAUACCUCGCUAGCGCUAUCUCUAUCUGCACCUAUAGGUUCUCUCUCCAGGAUGUCAGUGACCCGGUCCAGCCCAGAUACCCCUGAUCGACCUUCCCACCCCGCGGCCCCCGGGCCCCUCCAGGCACCUCUCGGCCCUGCCUUGGUCCAGUUCCAGCUAGGCCUCUUCAGGGAGGUGGUGUGGGUGCCUAGAGGGCAGCUCAGCUUUCGCCACGCCAAGAGACUGGCGGCAGAGAUCAUAGAACGCAAGGCUCCAGACUGCAGUGUGGUCGGCGUGGGGGAGAAGGUCCUCCUGUUUAGACACCAGCCUGGCUCAGAACACCUCCUCCACAGACUCACAGACCAGGAUCCACUGCAAGACGGUGACCUCAUAGAGGUCAUCCUCUCAGGAUCAGCUACUGUGACGGAGAUGAAGAUCCGCCCACACUCGCUGGCUGUCCAGUCGUAUCGCACCCCCACCUUCUGUCACCACUGUGGUGAGAUGCUGUGGGGACUGAUACGUCAGGGGUUGAAAUGUGAAGGUUGUGGGUUAGACUUCCAUAAGCGCUGUGCGCUGCAGUUGCCUAGUGACUGUAGCCGCGCACGGCGUCGUGUGUGUGGCCCCAGCCUGUCCCUGUUCCCCCCCGACAGGCCCCGGACGCCCUCCCUCUCCACACCUGCAGGAGGCAGUCUAGAGGAGAUCAGUAUGUCCAAGCCCAGGUCCAGACCCCCGUCAUGGACAGAUCACCCGGUGUGGCUGGGGGUGGACCAGGGAAAGGACGGUGAGACAGGCAGGGCCAGGGUGCCCCACACCUUCCACAUCCACAGCUACACCAAGCCUACCGUGUGCCAGCACUGCCGCCACCUCCUCAAAGGCCUCUUCCGCCAGGGCCUACAAUGCUCCGACUGUAAGCUGAACUGCCAUCGUCGCUGUGAGAGCUCCCUGGUCCCCGCUGACUGUCCUGGAGAGAGGAGGAACACCAAUGAGGAAGGAGACUCAGUGUCCAGUCUCGGCUACAAGAACGACACAGAGGAUGAUGAGCAGGAUAUGAGCUUGAGUAUAUCAUCACUAGAAGAUGAAGACGACGAGCCGUCUACUGAGGUUCCAUUUGCCGAGAACAAGGAAGUGGGACAUCAGCCACCAAUCAUACCAUGUUUCAGUAGUUAUAUUCCUCUAAUGCGGGUAGUCCAGUCAGUCCGUCACACUAAAAGACAGGCCAGUGGAGUACUGAGAGAGGGUUGGCUACUGCAUCACACCAACACUGACACACUGAGGAAACGUCAUUACUGGAUAUUGGACUGGAAGAGUAUCACUCUGUACCAGAACGAGAUCAACACCAAGUACUACAAGGAGAUUCCUCUAUCUGAGGUGCUGCAGGUACGAGGCCCCGCCCAGCUGUCUGUCCCCUUGUUGCCCGACAACAGUGCCCACUCCUUCGAAGUGGUGACGGGCACACUGGUGUACUGUGUGUUGGCGGGCCGGGACGGACAGGCCUGGGAGACCGCCGUACGCCAGGCUCUGAUGCCCGUGCUGAACAGCGGGCAGGUGGACAAACAGGGACAAGACCAUGAAGCCCAGAGUGGAAAAAGCCCGGAUGUCAGCUCCGUGUAUCAGAUCUUCACUGAUGAGGUGCUGGGUUCAGGACAGUUUGGAGUGGUGUAUGGAGGCACCCACAGACAGUCUGGUCGGCCAGUGGCCGUCAAGGUCAUCGACAAAACCCGUUUCCCUACCAAACAGGAGAGACAGUUGAGGAACGAGCAGGCAAUUCUACAGAAUCUGUCCCACCUCGGUAUAGUUCUACUGGAGGGCAUGUUUGAGACCAUGGAGCACGUAUUCAUCGUCAUGGAGAAGCUCCAUGGAGAUAUGCUGGAGAUGAUUCUGUCCAAUGAGAAGGGCCGACUGCCAGAGCGCACCACACGUUUCUUGGUUACACAGAUUCUAGAGGCCCUGCGCUACCUGCACUUCAAACACAUCGCUCACUGUGACCUGAAACCUGAGAAUGUACUGCUGGCCUCCCCAGACUCUUUCCCUCAGGUAAAGCUGUGCGACUUUGGUUUUGCCCGCAUCAUCGGCGAGAAGUCGUUCCGCCGGUCGGUGGUGGGCACGCCGGCCUACCUGGCACCCGAGGUCAUCAGUAGCCAUGGUUACAACCGCUCGCUGGACAUGUGGGCGGUGGGUGUGGUCCUGUACGUCAGCCUGAGCGGAACGUUCCCCUUCAACGAGGACGAGGACAUCAGACAGCAGAUCACCAACGCUGCCUUCAUGUACCCCCGCCUGCCCUGGUCUAACAUCUCACUAGAGGCGGUGAGUCUUAUCAACAACCUGCUCCAGGUUGCAGUAAGAUGUAGGUUCAGUGUGGGAAAAGCACUGGGGCACUCCUGGCUACAGGACUUCCAGUUGUGGUGUGACCUGAGGGAGUUUGAGAAUAGGAUGGGCUGCAGGUACCUGACCCACGACGGGGACGAGGACCGCUGGAGAUGCCACGCACUGGAGAGGGGCCUGGUCUUCCCUUCUCACCUCACCUGGACCCCCGGGCACGAUGACAGCCUGUGACCCUAGGCCCAAAUGUCAAAGGUGAAGGGUCGGACAAGAUGGCAUCUGGACUUCUGCUGUGUUUCAGUGGUCAUCAGCAUACACAACUGUCUGGAUGCUGUUAGUGGAAGGUGGAGUGGUGAGUCUGUUUUUAUAGCAGUCUCGUAUAAAAAGAUCACCAGAAGAGAUUACGACUCCGGAUUCGGACGCAGUGACAAUUCCUGGACUUUAUGGUGCCCUAGUGAUGCCAGCUGUUGUAGUGGUUAUUAUUUAAUGCAUGAUCAUAUUAGGACUAAUGUUUCAGGCCCUCUGUGCCCCAGAGGAGCAGUUUACCAGGAUCACAAGGCAGGUUCUCUGUCCUUCUACAAAAUGCAUCCUUCUAUGACCCUCCUCCACAGAGUCCAGACAAAUUCACUCAGCCCCUCUAUCCUGCGUUUGGGCGGUAUUGGUACGAUACUGAGAUGUGUAAGCGGUGAUAGAGGUGAUGGUCUACAUACACUAUAUAUACAGAAGUAUGUGGACACCCCUUCAAAUUAGUGGAUUCGGCUAUUUCAGCCACACCCAUUGCUGACAGGUGUAUAAAAUCGAGCACAUAGCCAUGCAAUCUCCAUAGACAAACAUUGGCAGUAGAAUGGCCUUACUGAAGAGCUCAGUGACUUUCAACAUGGCACUGUCAUAGGAUGCCACCUUUCCAACAAGUCAGGUCAUCAAAUUUCUGCUCUUCUAGAGCUGCCCCAGUCAACUGUAAGUGCUGUUAUUGUGAAGAAGAAACGUCUAGGAGCAACAACGGCUCAGCCGUCGAAGUGGUAGGCCACACAAGCUCACGGAACAGGACCGCCGAGUGUUGAAGCGCGUAACUGUCCUCAGUUGCAACACUCACUACCGUGUUCCAAACUGCCUCUGGAAGCAACGUCAGCUCCCAGAGGCAUGAAAUGGGUUUCCAUGGCCGAACAUACACACACAAGCCUGAGAUCACCAUGCGCAAUGCCAAGCGUCGGCUGGAGUGGUGUAAAGCUCGAUGCGAUUGGACUCUGGGGCAGUGGAAAGGCGUUCUCUGGAGUGAUGAAUCACUCUUCACCAUCUGGGUUCGGCGGAUAUUAGGAGAACGCUACCUGUCCCAAUGCAUAGUGCCAACAGUGACGUUUGGUGGAGGAGGAAUAAUGGUCUGAGGCUGUUUUUCAUGGUUCAGACUAGGCCCCUUAGUUCCAGUGAAGGGAAAUCUUAACGCUACAGCAUACAAUGACAUUCUAGAUGAUUCUGUCCUUCCAACUUUGUGGCAACAGUUUGGGGAAGGCCCUUUCCUGUUUUAGCAUGACAAUGCCCCCGUGCACAAAGCGAGGUCCAUACAGAAAUGGUUUGUCAAGAUCGGUGUGGAAGACUGGCCUGCACAGAGCCCUGACCUCAACCGUAUCGAACAACUUUGGGAUGAAUUGGAACGCCGACUGCAAGGCAGGCCUAAUCUAAUCGCCCAACAUCAGUGCCUGACCUCAGUAAUGCUCUUGUGGCUUGAUGGGAGCCCUGCAGCAAUUUUCCAACAUUUAGUGGAAAGCCUUCCCAGAAGAGUGGAGUCUGUUAUAGCAGCAAAGGGGGGGACCAACUCCAUAUUAAUGCCCAUGGUUUUGGAAUAAGACGUUCGACAAGCAGGUGUCCACAUACUUUUGGUCAUGUAGUGUAUGUGAUGCUUUAACAUUUUCCUGUGCAUUUAUUUUUCACAGUGAUUGGAUCAUAAAACUGUCCACUUGAAGGCGCUGUUUCCCAAACAAUAAACAGCAUUGCUAAACUA